AUGUCCAGCACAGAGGAGAAGUUCUCACUGCAGGAGGUCCUGGUCAGCUUCAAGUCCUGUUUAGUGGAUGAUGACCAAGAUGUCCUAGUAGAACAUUAUCUGAGCGGAUGGAAGGGAUUGGUGAGGUUUAUGAACAGUCUGGGAACUGUGUUUUCAUUUGUGUCCAAAGAUGCAGUAAGCAAAAUCCAGAUAAUGGAAAAGUAUUUGGCUGGGGAACACGGAGAGCGUUACCGUACCCUCCAGUCCAUGGUGGAAUACGAGCUCAGCUCUAACCUGGUUGAUCUAAAUAAACGAGGCAGUCACCCAGAAUCAGGCUGUCGCACCAUUCUGCGUUUACACCGGGCCCUGCGCUGGCUCCAACUCUUUUUGGAGAAGCUGAGAACCAGCAAGGAGGACAGCACGACCUCCACCCUGUGCGCGGAGGCCUACAAUGACUCUUUGGCCAACUAUCACCCUUGGCUUAUACGUAAAACCGCAAAUGUAGCCUUCUUGGUCCUUCCAACUCGGAACACAUUCUUUGAGGUAAUGAAUGUUGGGACUACAGAAGAUGUGGUGGACAUGCUUGGAGAAGCUAUGCCAUAUGUCUGUAAUGUCUAUGACUUUACUCAAGAACUCUACUCCCAGCAUAACCUCCUUGAUAUACCAUGA